AUGGGUUGGUUCUGGGCAGAUGCGCAACAGCGGCCGGCCGCUGCUACGCCGAAGCCUUCAUCUAACGCCUCUCCUCCGCCCGGCUGUCCAAUGCAUAAAUCAAACUCGACCUCUUUGCCUCAGCCUACCCACGAUGACACCCCCGUGCACCAGAGUUCCUGUCCGGCUCGGAUGUCUCCCAAUUCGCCAUUCUAUGUUCCACCGUCCAAGAAGUCGUCUCCGUCUUCUGAACAAGCAUCUGCCUCCUCGUCGUCUGCCGAAAACUCCUCGUCGACCCUCUCCAAGCUGAAUCCGUUGAACUACAUGUUCGCGCACCUUUCCCAGGAACGGGCGCCAAACCAGACAGUCGAGCUCUCGGUGGAGCGAGAAAUCUCCUCGAUUCCCCGAGGCGAUUCGGAUGGAAACUGGGAGUAUCCGUCCCCGCAGCAGAUGUACAACGCCAUGCUGCGCAAGGGAUAUACCGACACCCCGCAGGAUGCCGUGGAGUCGAUGGUGGCAGUGCAUAACUUCCUCAACGAGGGCGCUUGGGCGGAGAUUGUGGAAUGGGAGCAGAUCUUCUCCAAGGGUCUCAGGAACGGAUGGGAGAAAUGUCGGCGCGGAUCCGAGAAUUUGGCCAAGGAACUGGCGAGAGAGCGGAUGAUGAAGGGCGAUCAGGACAAGGACAAGCCGCGUCUGAUUAGGUUCCAGGGCCGGCCCCAGGACCUCACCCCGAAGGCCAGGAUAUUUCAGGCUCUGGGAUGGCUGUAUCCGGCCAAAUUUGGUACGGAUCCGCCUUUUGACCGACACGACUGGUACGUCGCUCGUCAAACGCCUUCUGGUCCGAAGGAAGUCCGCUACGUGAUUGACUACUACUCGGGACCACCGGAGCCCACAGGGGAACCCGUGUUUUAUUUGGAUAUUCGACCUGCCCUGGACACGCCCACGGCGGCUAUUGAACGACUCAUGAGGUGGGGAGGAGAUAUCUGGUGGAAAGCUAGCGGGGGUGAAGCCAGAGAGAGGAAAUAA